AUGAAAAAGGGAAAGCAGGUGAGUGAUGACAAUGAGCCCCCCAGCUACCAGGAGGCAACAGCAGGCUAUGAGGACAUGCAGGCCCAGUUCGCCUGGGAUGACAAGACCAUCAGACGGACCUUCAUCAGGAAGGUCUAUGCCAUUCUCAUGGUUCAGCUCUUUGUGACCGUGGCAAUCGUUGGUCUCUUCACAUUUUGUGCACCAGUGAGGUUUUUUAUUCAGACUCAUCCCAGCAUCUACAUGGCAUCUUAUCUCAUGUUCUUCUCCACCUACAUUGCACUGUCCUGCUGUGGAGAGCUGAGGAGGCAGUUUCCCUGGAACGUCAUUCUGUUAGUUCUAUUUACUUUGAGCAUGGCCUUCAUGAUGGGAUUUGUGUCGAGCUUUUACAACACCAAAUCAGUGGUGCUGUGUCUGGGAAUCACAGCUCUGGUGUGUCUUUCGGUCACCAUCUUCAGCUUCCAGAGCAAGAUUGAUGUCACAUCCUGUCAGGGCGUCCUGUUUUCGUUGUGUAUAGUCAUGCUUCUCUGUGCCAUCACCAUCUCUAUUGUCGUCCCCUUCGGAUAUGUUCCCUGGUUACAUGCUAUUUAUGCUGUGACAGGAGCUAUCCUCUUUACUCUGUUCCUGGCAUUUGACACUCAGAUGCUGUUAGGAAACAAGCGCUACACCAUAAGCCCAGAGGAAUAUAUUUUUGCCACCCUCAGCAUCUACCUGGACAUUAUCUACCUGUUUAGCUUCCUGCUACAGAUCAUGGGAGGAGGCCGCGAGUGAAGAAUCUAAUCGACUUUUCUGCCAUAUUGAUCUACAUGUCAGAGGCUCCAUUUUAACUCUCAAACAAACUUUGAUUUGUCACUCUCCUUCUCUAGAUAUCAAGGCU